AUGGAGAAUGUACGUUUGUCACUCCUUCAAAAUAUCCAUACACUCGAGCUCCCGAGUAAACACAAGACAGUCUACAAAAGACAUGGAAAACCUCCUUAUUCCUACGCCGGGAUGAUUAUCGUCGCCAUCAUGAGGUCACCAAAGCGCAUGCUCAGUCUGAGCCAGAUUCACGAGUACCUGAGGAAUAUGUUCGACUUUUUCCAGCAGUCGUAUUCGGGUUGGAAGGACUCCGUACGUCACAAUUUGUCUCACUGUAAGUGUUUUGUGAAGGGCGGAAAGACCCCUGACGGUAGGAACAACUUAUGGACGGUAAACAUGUCUGAGGUGACACCAAGUCUCUUCCGGCGCCAGCAGACCGCUAUUGCUAAGGACGGUAACUAUGCAGAGGACCUUCAUGAUGAGCUCCAGGUACCACGAAUAGAGAUCCCCUUCUUCAAUUACUCCCGAGGAGCCCCGUCAAAGCCUAUGCCUGACCAUACAUCCUCUGCCGCGUCGGCAAUCGGAAGUAAAGAUGACAAUGACGUAAGAACGCGAUUUGGUGACGACGGUAGUCAGGCGUCUUCCUCCUCUACAGAAACUUCUGUGCCGAAUUCUCUUACCUUUAACAACAGCGGACCUUCGACACCUGUGCUUUAUCGUUUACCGUCGGGAUCAUCUGUCAACAGCCCUAUCAUUCUGAACAGUCCAGACAAUGUAAACACAUCAACUGUCCGCCCACCCUCUGCUUUGUCCGCUUCUGCUUCGUCGACGGCACUCCGGUCCCUCAGUGAACAUUCGUGCCGAUGUCCUUCGCCUGCUUUCUCCGAUAUCACGGAACCUCGGACCCCGGACAGUGAUACGAACAGUUUCCGACCAAUCACUGAAGACCUCCAGCCCGGUUGGAUAACUCCCAUUGGCCUUGUUCGCGACGGGUCAGAUCUGACACGGGGCGCCUCCUGUUUGUCGGACGUGUCACCAUCUCGAAGCAUGUCUUUGUCAUCAAAGAAAGUUCCCAAGAGGAAGCAGGUUCGACACAGACCUAAGGUGCGUAAGGCAAUGAAAAAGGACACAUCUGGAACGUCAGUCGUCAGUACAAACAGUACUUUUACUGUGAAGACGUAUGCAGACCUACAGACACUCGUGACCCACUCAUCUGAUCAGUGGGAAGUAUCUAUCGACAAAGCUAUCGGUAAUCUACACGUGCUCUGUAUGCCCAGCUCUGAACAUACCGGACAUUCUCCCGUCAUAGACACGGUCUAUACAUCAGGAGGUCAAUCUUGUCCUGCAAUUGACGAACCGACAACAUUCCUUCCUGGAAAUGGCAACUACUAUACACAGACAUAUCAUGUCAGUGAAGGAGACCCAGCUACACUUGGCCAGACUUUCGGUAACCCGGGAUCUCAUUGGAACGAUCACACCUACUCCAGCCCUGAACGUGCGCCUACGGAAAACAAACGCCAACGUCGGAUCAGCGAAACAACGACCGACAACUCCAUCGGGGUCAACACUCAGACGAUUUCUUCAGUUGACACGGACUCAAACUCUCUAGAGGAGUUCGCUGAUUGUGCAUUAUGGUAUGGCCUGCUGGGCUAG